CUACCCCGUCCCUCUGUAGUUAUAUACGCCUCCGUAUAUAAUACACCUAAUUCAUUACCCGAUAUUAAUUCUGGGUCUGUAUUUGUGCGUUUGGACAUCAUUUUCAGCCAGUCUGGCUAUUAAGAGCACACUAGCUUCCCUCAACUGAGAGUUUAAGAGAGAGAGAGAGAGAGAGAAGAGGGUUGUGCUUUUCUUGGCUGUUCUUCAUAAUGGGCUUCACUCACUGAGAGGGAGAGAGAAGAGGAGUUUUUUUCUUUUCUCUGUUUCUUGGCUGAGAAGGUCCAAUGGAAACCAAAGGGAGGCUAAUUGCUGGGUCACACAACAGGAAUGAGUUUGUGCUCAUCAAUGCUGAUGAGAUUGGAAGGGUGACUUCUGUGAAGGAGUUAAGCGGGCAGAUUUGCCAGAUUUGUGGAGAUGAGAUUGAAAUUACAGAAGACAGAGAGCCAUUUGUUGCUUGCAAUGAAUGCGCAUUCCCGGUUUGUAGACCUUGUUAUGAAUAUGAAAGGAGAGAAGGAAAUCAAGCUUGCCCUCAAUGCAAAACCCGGUACAAGCGCAUAAAAGGGAGUCCUAGAGUUGAAGGAGAUGAAGAAGAGGAUGAAUUUGAUGAUUUGGAUCAUGAGUUUGAUUACCCCGAGCAAAUUACCGAAGCGGGACUAUCUGCUCGCUUUAACGGUGUCAAUUCUCCAUUGGACUCAGACCCCUCUGCUGUUGAGUCAAAAAUCCCUCUACUUACCUAUGGUGAAGAGGAUGAUGGGAUUUCAGCAGACAAACACGCCCUUAUCAUUCCCCCAUUUAUGAGCCGCGGGAAGAGAGUUCAUCCAGUGCCGUUCUCUGAUACUGGAUCAGUGGCAUCAAUGCCACCUCGGCCCAUGGAUCCGAAGAAAGAUUUGGCUGUCUAUGGGUAUGGGACUGUUGCUUGGAAGGAAAGAAUGGAGGAGUGGAAGAAAAAGCAGAGUGAUAAGCUGCAGGUAGUUAAGCAUGAAGGAGAUAAAGGUGGCCGUGACGAGCUGGAUGAUCCCGAUUUGCCUAAGAUGGAUGAAGGCAGACAACCACUUUCAAGAAAGUUAUCAAUUCCCUCAAGCAAACUAAGUCCUUACAGAUUAAUCAUUUUACUCCGUAUGGUGAUUCUUGGGUUCUUUUUCCAUUAUCGAAUUCUCCACCCUGUCAAUGAUGCUUUUGGUUUGUGGCUGACAUCUAUUAUAUGUGAGAUAUGGUUUGCUGUGUCAUGGAUAUUUGAUCAGUUCCCGAAGUGGUUCCCCGUUGUACGGGAAACGUAUCUGGACAGGCUGUCACUAAGGUAUGACAAAGAAGGGAAGCCAUCUGAAUUAGCCUCUGUGGAUGUGUUCGUGAGUACAGUGGACCCCAUGAAAGAACCACCACUGAUUACCGCAAACACCGUUCUCUCAAUCCUUGCUGUUGACUAUCCCGUUGACAAGGUGUCGUGCUAUGUCUCAGACGAUGGUGCUGCCAUGCUCACUUUUGAGGCACUAUCUGAGACAUCCGAGUUUGCGAGGAAAUGGGUCCCAUUUUGCAAAAGAUUCAAUAUAGAGCCUCGGGCACCCGAGUGGUAUUUCUCUCAGAAGAUUGAUUAUCUGAGGAACAAAGUUGAUCCAACUUUCGUGAGGGAACGCCGUGCAAUUAAGAGAGAGUAUGAGGAGUUCAAAGUUCGUAUCAAUGGGCUGGUUGCCAUGGCACAGAAGGUUCCGGAAGACGGGUGGACCAUGCAGGAUGGCACUCCUUGGCCAGGAAACCUCGUCAGGGAUCAUCCCGGAAUGAUUCAGGUUUUCUUGGGCCAUGAUGGUGUCCGUGACAUUGAGGGCAAUGAAUUGCCUCGCCUCAUUUAUGUUUCUCGUGAGAAGAGGCCGGGUUUUGAGCAUCACAAGAAGGCCGGUGCCAUGAAUUCAUUGGUGCGGGUGUCAGCUGUCAUCUCAAAUGCUCCCUAUAUGCUCAAUGUCGACUGCGACCACUACAUCAAUAACAGCAAGGCACUCCGAGAAGCCAUGUGUUUCAUGAUGGACCCACAGUCUGGGAAAAAGAUAUGCUAUGUCCAGUUUCCACAAAGGUUUGAUGGUAUAGAUCGUCAUGACAGAUACUCAAACCGCAACGUCGUCUUCUUUGAUAUAAAUAUGAAAGGACUAGAUGGGAUACAAGGGCCGAUAUAUGUUGGAACGGGAUGUGUGUUUAGGAGGCAAGCUCUUUAUGGAUAUGAUGCCCCGAAAAAGAAGAAACCUCCGGGCAAAACAUGCAACUGUUUGCCAAAGUUGUGUUGCUGCUGUUGUUCUCAGUCUAGAAAGAAGACGAAAGGAAAAUCCAAGGACAAAAAGAAGACUAAAAGCAAGGAAACUUCCCCUCAAAUUCAUGCUCUCGAGAACAUCGAAGAAGGAAUUGAAGGAAUUGAGAGUGAAAAGGCAGCACUUAUGCCCCAAGUGAAACUCGAGAAAAAGUUUGGUCAGUCGCCGGUUUUUGUUGCAUCUACACUCCUUGAGGACGGCGGUAUUCCUCCGGGAACUACAUCAGCAUCCCUUCUCAAAGAAGCCAUCCACGUCAUCAGUUGCGGUUACGAGGAUAAAACAGAAUGGGGCAAAGAGGUUGGAUGGAUUUAUGGAUCGGUUACUGAGGAUAUCUUAACGGGCUUCAAAAUGCAUUGUCACGGGUGGAGAUCGGUCUACUGCAUGCCCCAGAGGCCCGCAUUCAAAGGUUCGGCUCCCAUUAAUCUUUCUGACCGUUUGCACCAGGUUCUCCGGUGGGCUUUGGGAUCCGUUGAGAUUCUGCUGAGCAGACAUUGCCCGAUUUGGUAUGGGUACAGGUGUGGCCUCAAAUCUCUGGAACGGUUUUCCUACAUAAACUCUGUCGUUUAUCCUUUGACCUCCGUGCCGUUGCUUAUCUAUUGUACGCUGCCUGCUGUGUGCCUCCUCACCGGCAAGUUCAUUGUUCCCGAGAUUAGUAACUAUGCAAGUAUCGUCUUCAUUGCCAUGUUCCUAUCGAUUGCGGCGACGAGUAUCAUGGAGAUGCAAUGGGGAGGAGUGAGCAUAGACGACUGGUGGAGGAACGAGCAGUUCUGGGUGAUCGGAGGCGUCUCCUCCCACUUCUUUGCACUAUGGCAAGGUCUCCUCAAGGUCAUAGCCGGCGUGGACACCAACUUCACCGUCACGUCGAAGGCGGCCGACGACGGGGACUUUGCCGACCUGUACAUCUUCAAGUGGACGACGCUGUUGAUCCCGCCCACGACACUCCUCAUCAUCAACAUCAUCGGCGUCAUCGUCGGGGUCUCGGAUGCCAUCAACAACGGGUACGACUCGUGGGGCCCGCUCUUCGGUAGGCUGUUCUUCGCCCUGUGGGUCAUCGUCCACCUCUACCCGUUCCUCAAGGGUCUGAUGGGGAAACAAAACGGUGUGCCCACCAUCAUCGUCGUCUGGUCCAUCCUCCUCGCCUCCAUCUUCUCCCUCUUGUGGGUCCGGAUAAACCCGUUUGUGUCGAGGGACGGGCUCGUGCUCGAAGUGUGCGGGUUGGACUGCGAGUGAGGCGGGGCCCACUUUUGUUCGGAGACGACGACGGCGGCCGUAGUGGUGUUGGGGUUGGGUUGUGUACAGACAGACACAUUCAAAUCUUUGUUUUUUGUGGAAAGCUUUUUUAAUUCAUUCUUUAGAUACAGAGUAUGUGUUGGUGGCUUGCUGCACAAGGAACAUAUAUUAUUAUUUAUUUAUAGGACCUCUGCCUCAUAAAUUAUGGAGUGUAUCUCUUUCUAAAAUAAAAAAAAGAAAGAAAAAAAAAGAAAAGGAAAGAAAAGAGAACUUCCACUGUAUUUUUCCUCCUUUGUAACCCAAAGAACCUUUGUCCAAUGUUUGUUCACAUGAUCAUUUUGGUUUGUUUUCUUUUCAAUAUUUUGUAUUGGAAUAGAUGUGAGUUCUUAUA